AUGACGGCCGAUCCAAGAAAUAAAAAACAAGAUAAUUCUCUUUCUCAAACUAUAGAUCUUACCGAAUGUCUGGAUUCUGAGGAUGGAUAUGCAUAUGAUUACGGUUCUUUCAUUUGGAAUGAAAAGAAUUGUAGUAUUGAGGUUGUUGUUGAUGAAUCAGUGAUCUCUAAUGUUGAAAAGCUUACUUGUGUGAACCGGGAUGAUGAUUGCAUAAAUGCAAAUGAUAAUUGUCAAGAAAUUAGCUAUUUGUUGGGUACAACUACAUUAGAUGGGUGUGGUUGCCACGAGUUUGGAAUUAUUAUAGAUGUUGUUGAUGUUAUUGGGGAUCGCAAUUCUGUUGCUAAAAUGGCAUGUUGGUUAAACUCAUUUUUUAUUGAUCCCGGGGAAUUAAGGAACUGGAAUAGACCAUGGGAAUUAAUAAUAUAUGGCUUGAGAGGAGGGACAGAAAUUUAUUCGGUUUUUGAUGAUGAUGAAUGUCUACAUGUAAACCAUGAAAGUAUUGAAACUGGGAAGAAUGGAAUUUCAGAUUUGUGGUCAUUAAAUACUUCAACUGAAUGUGGAUUUGAUAAAAUGGUACUGAAUAUAACUAGUGAAGGGCAUACUUGUUGGUAUGAAGUUGUUACUUGCUUCAGAGGAAGUACUAGCAUCGCAGGAAUUGGUCAAUUUCAGCAUGUAAGAGAUCCAGUUGACCCAGCUUGUUGUUCUGGUUUGGGAAAUGUUGGGAUAUGUAUUGAACUUGGAAAAGAAGCCUUACUCGAAGGCCUUCAGAAGCUACUAAAUGUUUUGAGUACUGAGCUUGAGAGGAGUAAUUCUGAUGCUGAGAAUGUUGACCUUGAGAACAAGACCAGUUAUGAAUCUUGGGUUCAGGAGGCAAAGUUCAAACUGGGUGUGAUGUUUAUAAAGUGCCAUUCAGACAAGAGAAAUUCAACAAUGUGGUGUGGACAAACCAAAUCUCCCAAGGUUGAGUUCUUUGAAUUGCAAUGGGAAGUUAAUGUGAUAGUUGAUGACUCUGAGAAAAAAGGGAAAUGUUCCUUGGCCUUUGCUAUUGGAGGAGACAGGAACAUUAAUAAUGAUAUGAUGAGGGAGAAACUCAGCAAGAUGUCGGAGAAGUGA